GUAAAUUUUGUAUAAAUAAUUGCCGCUGUUUGAUAGUUGAUAUCAGUUAACUCACCGCAGUCGAUUAGCCACAAACUAUAACAAAAUGAAACUCCUCAUCUGCUUGGCUCUCCUCUUCGCCGUCGCUCAGGCCAAUCCCGGUUUGGUGGCUCCUUUGACUUACUCCGCCGCAGCUGUGCCCGCUUAUACCACCUACGCCGCCGCUCCCUAUGCCGCCGCUCCUUAUGCCGCUUACUCCACCUAUGCUGCUCCUGCCGUCACCACCUACUCACACGCCGCCUACUCCGCCCCAGCAGUGGCUACUUACUCUCAUGUUGCUGCUCCUGCUGUCUACAGCGCUCCAGUUACUUACUCCGCUCCUUUGGUGUCCACUUUGUUGAAGAAAAAGACGAAAUUUAUUAGGCAGAGAAAAUUAACUCGCAGCAGCCAAUUAACAACAAACUCUAGCAAAAUGAAAUUCCUCGUCUGUUUCGCACUCCUCUUCGCCGUCGCUCAGGCCAAUCCCGGUUUGGUGGCUCCUUUGACUUACUCCGCCGCUGCUGCGCCCGCCUUUACCACCUAUGCCGCCGCUCCCUAUGCCGCCGCUCCCUAUGCCGCUUACUCCACCUAUGCUGCUCCUGCCGUCGCUACCUAUUCACACGCCGCUUACUCCGCCCCAGCAGUGGCCACUUACUCUCAUGUUGCUGCUCCUGCUGUCUACAGCGCUCCAGUUGCCCGUGUCGCUGCGGUCGCUCCAGUUGCUCCAGUCACCUACUCCGCUCCUUUGGUGUCCACUUUGUUGAAGAAGAAGUAAAUCGCUGAUUACUUCGAAAAUGUGAAUGGAGAGAAAUGUUGAAUGACCAAAUAAAAAUUUAGAUGCACUAUAA